AGUAGCACAUGAGCGCUUGGUCCGAGAGCCCGCGUCUCGCGAGCUGCCCACAACAAUAAAAUAUUAACAGACCCUUUGUAGUGCGUAGACAUUUCGUUUGAUUUUAUUUGAUUUUUUUUAAAUGUGUGGGACAGGCGUGUGCAUAUUGUGACAGAAGAUUGUUUAUGAUCCCUGGAUUUGGAUAGCCAUAUUGAGAAUCUGGGCCCAAAAUCACACGAUGCCAAUGCAGCGAUGACGUCUGGCCUAAAGAUGGAGUCGAAGGGCACUCAGAUCCACCUGCCUCUGAUGGGUCGCGGCAGCCGAGGAGAGCUCAACGAUAAAGUGACCUUCGCACAGGUCAAGUCACCGCCUUACGCUGAACAGCUCAAUAAUGGACAGCUGUUGGGAGGGUCACAGAUUAACCUGUGCAACGGUGGAGCCGGCACUACAGCCAUGACGGGUCUUCCAAAAAUACCCAACGGGUAUGGAGACCAGAAGAAACCCAUGGCUUCGCUCACACACCUCCCCAAACGCCCUCCAGUAGACAUCGAGUUCUCAGAUCUCUCAUACUCCGUCAGCGAGGGAAGGAAGAGGGGAUACAAAGCUUUGCUCAAAUGCAUAAAUGGUACAUUUAGAUCUGGUGAAUUAACUGCCAUCAUGGGACCUUCUGGAGCUGGGAAGAGUACGCUUAUGAAUAUAUUAGCGGGUUACAAAACGUCCAAUGUCAGCGGAUCAAUACUCAUAAACGGCAAGGAGCGAAACCUGAGACGGUUCAGAAAGUUAUCUUGCUACAUAAUGCAGGACGACUGUCUGCUUCCCCACCUCACGGUCAUGGAGGCUAUGAACGUUUCAGCGAAUUUAAAGUUAGGGAAAGACAUGACAGUCACUGCCAAGAAGAUCGUGAUAGAUGAAAUUUUGGAAAUGUUGGGGCUCGCAGAAGCAGGGGACACGAGGACUAUAAACUUAUCAGGCGGCCAGAAGAAACGGCUGUCCAUAGCUUUAGAGUUAGUUAACAAUCCACCUGUGAUGUUCUUCGAUGAGCCUACAUCGGGCCUGGACAGUUCAUCGUGUUUCCAAUGUAUAUCGCUUCUGAAGUCGUUAGCGCGAGGCGGUAGAACUAUCAUAUGCACUAUACAUCAACCGUCCGCAAGGCUUUUUGAGAUGUUUGACUUUUUGUACACAUUGGCCGACGGGCAGUGUAUAUAUCAAGGAAGAGUUAGUGGUUUAGUGCCGUUUUUGUCAUCAAUGAACCUUCAUUGUCCGAGUUACCACAAUCCUGCUGACUACGUAAUGGAAGUAGCCACAGGCGAGCACGGAGACUGGGUACACAAGCUAGUGAUGGCAGUCAACAAAGGGAACUGCGGCCGAGGCCAGUCUUCAUCAUCAUCAUCAUCAUCCUCCGUACCUCAGAACAUGAACUACAAUAAUCAGACUAGCAAGAACAACGCUCAGAAGGCAGAACAACAAGCUCUUGCUAUUACGAUAGAUAAACCCACCUGCACUGUGAUAGACAUGUCGGAACCAGUCCUAAAUCCUGAGAAGCAGAACGCUUUACCCAACUCCACUAACUUAGCACCAGUUACCUGCACCACCUCACUGCUCGACUCAAGCGAAAGCUUCACAAAGAAACCUAUUAAGACCGGCUUCCCAACAUCAGGGUGGAAGCAAUUUUGGAUCUUAUUGAAACGUACUUUUAGAAGCAUUUUGCGAGAUCAGAUGUUGACGCACUUAAGACUCUGUUCUCAUACGGUGGUUGGGCUGUUGAUUGGGUUCCUGUACUAUGAUAUUGGGAGAGACGCUGCGAAGGUUAUGAGCAACGCUGGCUGUAUAUUCUUUACUGUGAUGUUCACUAUGUUUACUGCUAUGAUGCCUACUAUUCUUACAUUCCCUACUGAGAUGAGCGUGUUUGUGAGAGAGCAUUUGAACUACUGGUAUUCGUUGAAAGCCUUCUACUUCGCUAAAACUAUGGCGGAUCUACCGUUCCAGAUUGUCUUCAGCGGCGUGUACGUGAUGAUAGUGUACUUCAUGACAGGGCAGCCCAUGCAGACGGACCGGGUCCUCAUGUUCACGACCAUUAACAUCCUCACGGCCCUGGUGGCGCAGUCCCUCGGCCUGCUCAUCGGGGCCGCUAUGAAAAUCGAAACCGGGGUCUACCUGGGUCCAGUCACUACCAUCCCUGUAGUACUCUUCUCAGGCUUCUUUGUUAACUUCAACGCAAUACCCAGCUACCUGCAAUGGCUUACUUACCUCAGCUACGUUCGAUACGGGUUCGAAGGAGCCAUGCUGUCAGUCUACGGUUUUGGAAGAGAAAAACUUCACUGCUCUGAAGCUUAUUGCCACUUCAGGAAUCCUAACUUGUUCUUGAAGGAAAUGACUAUGGACAAAGCGAACUUUUGGAUCGAUGUUGGCGCACUGAGCGCACUCUUCGUCUUCAUUAGGGUAAUCUCUUAUUUAGUGUUAAGGUUCAAAUUGAAGAUGAUGCAGUAGGCGCAUGCACAAAACGAUAAGCUUCGUUGGCGAUGACAUUUCUUUCAAUUUGUCGAUUUUGAUGGAAUCGGAGUUAAGUGAAUCUUUGCGUGAUUCGGUAGCGUGUUUGUGUACCAAGAGGAUAUUAUGAAUCAUUCCUAAGGAUAAAUUAUUAUGUUUAAGUUUGAGCUUUGUGUGGUUGCUGAUGAGGUGUUCAGACUCGUAGAGUAUUUGAGAGUUUGUUUUUAAAUAUAAACGUGUUGUCACAGCUAGCUAUGCUUUAAUAUUAGGGAUGUACUUAAUGGGGUAUGCCCCGUAUAGCUCAACGGUCUUAAGUCCGAUUCUAUUGCAAAAUUCUUUGAUCAUCACGGAUUCUGAUAGCAAGUUCGUAGUUUUAAUAAUAAAAAAUAGUUUUCGAAAUACUUUAGCUUUUUAGUACGCAGAUAAAGUAUAGAUUGUUUAUACGUACCCAUAGGGAUAGUUGUUAAGGUUUUAUAGGAAAUCGGGCCCAUGACUUAAUUUUUAAGUUCCUUAUUCGUGAUUUUUCAUAUGUUAGUUUACGACUCAUUUAUAACAUCACGCGUAGGCGAUAUCAACUUGUAUGUACUCAACAUUCUUAGGUAUUUAAUUAGUAUUUUAAAGUACCUUUCAUUAUGCUAAAGAUUUUUUCGUAAAUCUCUAUGUCUAUCCUAAUUACCAGUAUUUAUUAUUAAAUAAACGACUGUGAUUUUUAUAA